AUGGACAACAUUAGCCGAUGCAUAACCACUUUACUUGUUUUUAUGAAGAUAUAAUCGCAGGGUUACAGUAUAAUAUAACUCCCAGGUGGAUAAACUUGGAUUAACAGACCGCACUGCAGAACACAAAUCAUAUAAAUCACACACAGGAAAAACAUCCAGCCCGCACACUUCUUUCCCGCACUACACUACCCAUAAUGCAUUUCACUCUGGACUUCAAUACCCAGAGAUAGUAGCCUUAAAGAAACAGCUCUCAUUUUCCCUCUAAUGCAACACUAUUCAUUUUCCUCACAAUCUUCACUUUCUGGCUUUAAUUCUCCAUCUAGCAGCGGCGUCUCGAGCUCGUAUCUCAAGUUGUUGCUCGCGGAUCAAAGCAAAAAAUCGACCGAGUGACCGCUCGUGUCUCAAAAAACUCGUCUGUCGAGUCAUGAUCCUGAUUGGAGCCCAAGGUGCGACGUCACGACUCGGGUCCCGGAUCCCGGAAGUAGGGGAGGGUAAGAUGGCUGUGUUGCGGUGCAGAAGAGACCCGUGUGGCUUCAUCUGCCUCCUCCUCACUUACUUCAGCGUGUUUUACGCCGAUUACGUUGUAAUUCAGUAUGUGCUGAUUCCAGCUUUUUCUGGAAGUGUCUGGUGCACUCUUCAUGGAUCUGUCUUCAAUAUCAUCUUACUGCUGCUUCUGGCCUGUCAUUCCAAAGCUGUGUUCUCUGAUCCAGGCAUGGUUCCUCUUCCUGAGACAGCUAUUGAUUUCUCAGAUUUGAGGUCCCAGUCUAGUCGAGUGAAUGAGAAUGAACGGGGUUGUGAAGGCUGGACUGUGUGUAGUCGCUGUGAAACGUAUCGUCCUCCUCGAGCUCAUCACUGCCGAGUGUGUCAACGCUGCAUCAGACGCAUGGACCACCACUGCCCCUGGAUUAAUAAUUGUGUUGGAGAACUCAACCAGAAGUACUUCAUCCAAUUUCUCUUUUACACUGGCAUGGCCAGUCUGUACUCCAUGGCCCUGGUGGUCUCAGCCUGGGUGUGGAGGAUACGGACUGAGGGAGAUGGAGAUGGAGAUGGAGAAGUAGGAGGAGAGGAAGUUCCCAGCAAACAUCUAAUAGUAGCGCAUUACAUCAUCCUGUUAGUGGAGUCCAUUCUCUUCGGAGUUUUUGUCCUGAUGAUAUUUUAUGAUCAGCUGGUGUCGAUUAUAACAGAUGAGACGCCCAUUGAACAGAUGAGAAACAGACUGAUGAAGGACAGAGGUAACAGCGGGUCAACGCUUCACACGACACACACACGGAAACCCAAAAUCGCCCUGCUGAGGGAGGUGUUUGGAAGAGGCUCUGUGCUGUGUUGGCUGUUACCACUCCAGGCCUCUCCUCCGUCCACUGGAGGAAUCAGUUACGCACCUGUUCCUGAUUACGAUGUGUAAAAAACACGGCAGCAUCACUGUACAGUGUGAACGAAGGAAAGAUGUAGUGUAGCACUGUGUGUUAUCUACUCGCUCUCCUCUGUAUAUACACACACACACACACACACACACACACACUGCUAUCAUCGAUCCAACCUAUUUCUUUCUUUCUUUCUUUCUUUCUUUCUUUCUUUCUUUCUUUCUUUCUUUCUUUCUUUCUUUCUUUCUUUCUUUCUUUCAUUCAGAACAUAAACCUAUGAAGUAAACGCUGUAUAAAUAAUGAGGUGAUGCUUCAUGCAGGCUGUAAUGAUGUUCUUUGGUGUAAAAUCUGUUUACUGCAUGAUGCUCUCUCAAACCUCCUGUUUCAGAUGAAGGAUAAAGUGUUUCUUUAACAUAAUUUUAUGAAUCUACAGGAGAGUAGAUCCUCAGGAGAUUUCUGGAGUUUCUCUGUGAGAUGUAUUAGUGUUGGAACAGCAGGAUCUCCAACACCAACACUGUUUAUGAGAUCAGAGUCGGUCCUGUGGUUGGAAUCGAGUGGAGUAGAGCAGAAAUCUGCUACACAUCACCAACAUGCGACUUGCACUGAAAAGGGUUUCUGUCCUAUUUAAGCGUUAGUUAGUAUUUAUUAUUUCUUUAUUUAUUUCAGACCUUUAUCAGUUUUUGAGUCUGUGAGUGUUGCAGUUUUUAACUGUAUAUAAAUGUAUUUCUGUAUUUCGAUGCAGGAAAAGUGCUGUAACACUGUUUUCAUUGUUUGAUCUCUACUGCAUUUGUUCUGCUGUUUGAAGGGUUAAAGGUCAUGUAUUCAUGCCUAAUGUAAAAUGUUUACACUGAUAUUUGUUGUACUUUAACUGUCUAAAUGCUGCUGAAUUGAAAUAAAUUACAUCUUUUAAUAUCA